UCUAUCCUAUCUCUGAUCCCCAACCAUAAAUCUCUAACAGACGCACGCACAUCGCCCAUGGCUGCGCCGGCGUCCGGGUCCUCCCGGCGGUACGACGUGAUCGUGGUGGGCGCGGGGAUCAUGGGCAGCUGCGCGGCGCACGCGGCGGCGUCCCGCGGCGCGCGCGUGCUCCUCCUGGACCGCUUCGACCUCCUCCACCACCGGGGCUCCUCGCACGGCGAGUCACGCGCCAGCAGGGUCACCUACGCGGAGGCCUACUACCCGCCCAUGGUGCGCCUCUCCCACCGCCUCUGGGACGAAGCCCAGCGCGACGCCGGCUACCGCGUCCUCACGCCCACGACGCACCUGGAUCUGGGCCCGCGCCACCAGCCCGCGCUCCUCGCGGCCAUCGCCAACGGGGCCGCUACCGAGAUCCCGGGCGCGGACGCGGCGAGGGAGCGGCCGGCGUGGGCGGACGCCUUCAGGGUGCCCGACGGAUGGACGGCCGCGAAGAGCGAGCUCGGCGGGGUCAUCAAGGCCACCAAAGCCGUGGCCAUGUUCCAGGCGCUCGCUGUCAGGAUGGGCGCCGUCGUCAGGGACGGGGUCGAGGUGGUCGACAUCGCCAAGAACCAAGGAGAAGAAGUGAUCGUGGUUCGGACAUCAAGCGGCGAGGAGUUCCACGGCGGCAAGUGUAUCAUCACGGUGGGCGCGUGGACGCGCAAGCUGGUGAAAUCGGUCACCGGCGACAGCAUGGACCUGCCGGUGCAGCCUCUCCACACACUCAUCUGCUACUGGAAGGUGAAGCCAGGCCACGAGCACGAGCUCGCGGCGGAGGCCGGCUUCCCAACGUUCGCCGGCUACGGUGACACGCACAUCUACAGCACGCCGUCGAUGGAGUACCCGGGCCUGAUCAAGAUUUGCAUGCACGGAGGGCCACAGUGUGACCCGGACCGGAGGGACUGGGCCGCCGCCACGGGCGAAGGCGAAGGAGGGCUGGUGGGCCCCGUGGCGCAGUGGAUCGACGAGGUGAUGCCGGAAUGCGUGGACACCGCCGGCGGGCCGGUGCUCCGGCAGCCGUGCAUGUACUCCAUGACCCCCGACGAUGACUUCGUGAUCGAUUUCCUUGGCGGGGAGGAGUUCGGGAAGGACGUGGUGGUUGGCGCUGGGUUCUCCGGGCACGGGUUUAAGAUGGGCCCGGCUAUCGGCAGGAUACUCGCAGAGAUGGCAUUGGACGGCGAGGCUCGGACCGCGUCGGAGGCCGGAGUGGAGCUCCAGCACUUCAGGAUCUCCCGGUUCGAGGGCAACCCGAUGGGGAAUGCCAAGACCUACUAAGAUGAUAUGGAUUAUGAAAAUGAUCCAAGCGACAUGAUGUCCGGUAUUUCGAUUGAUGCAUGAUCAAUGCAUUGUCGUACAACUUUUAGACUUCUAUUUGUGGCUUUGGUUGAUCUGUGAGUUUUCUGGACAUUAAUAGUGUUGUGUCUUGUGUGGCACCUGCGCAGUGUAUUCUUCUGACUCUCUGGCGUGCUUACGAGUUUUAACCUUUGUCGAUCAUUUUGGCCCAAAGAGAAUCAUAUAUAGCGUGUGGCGGUGUGCAUUA